AUGGAAGGCAGAACCGCAAACGCUGCCUAUGCCAAUUUCGACGCGAGGUUUCCAAUAAUUCUUCCCAAGGACGGUCAAAUAACUCGAAUGCUGUUGGAUCACUACCACCGCCGAUAUGGUCAUGCAAGCAAAGAAACUAUUGUAAAUGAGGUUCGUCAGCGGUUUGAAAUCUCACAUUUACGAUCAAGCGUAGAUAAUAUUUCCCGCAACUAUUGUUUCUGUUGGGUGGCUAAGUGUAAGCUGAUCUCUCCACGAAUGGUGCCUUUACUCGAGCAACGCUUGACGCCGAAAGCCCGCCCUUUUAGCUACGUCGGUAUCGACUAUAUGGGCCCACUAGAAGUCACUGUCGGUCGGCGCAAAGAGAAGAGAUACGUCGCUGUAUUCACGUGCUUGGUUAUACGGGCUAUUCAUUUAGAGGUCGCUUACGAUUUGUCCAGCGAGUCCUGCAUCAUGGCGAUCCGCAGAUUCACGCGUAGGCGAGGAUCCCCAGUUCAAAUCUUUUCUGAUAAUGGCACUAAUUUUGUGGGAGCAAACCGCGAACUGCAAAAACAGAUCAACGUCGAAUGCGCUGGAACCUACACCGAUGCGCGAACAAAAUGGUCGUUCAAUACCCCAUCCGCUCCUCAUAUGGGUGGGGUAUGGGAACGAAUGGUGAGGAGCGUCAAGGAGGCCAUGACUGCAUUGCUCAAUGGGCGGAAACUGACAGACGAGAUCUUGUGGACUACCCUAGUUGAAGUGGAAGGAUUAGUCAACUCGCGUCCUCUGACUUAUAUGCCACAGGAAAUAGGUCUGCCCGAAGCUCUGACUCCAAAUCAUUUUAUUUUCGGUUGUUCAUCUGGCGCUCACGAUCCUCUUGAACCACCUGAAGAUCUUGGGAAAAUUCUUCGAAGCAGUUUUCUACAAUCCCAGCAAUUAGCAGACGAAGCGUGGAGGCGCUGGUCAAAGGAGUAUUUCCCAACAAUCAACAAAAGAACCAAAUGGUUGAGCGAAGCAAGGUCCCUGAAGGUCGGCGACCUUGUAUAUGUAGCUGAAGGCAAACGGAGAUCAUGGACGAAGGGCGUUGUACACGAGGUCAUGCCCGGAAAGGACGGUAGAGUUCGACAGGCCGUGGUACGGACCGCGUUUGGAAUACUUAAGCGUCCGGUAGUGAAGCUAGCAGUUAUGGAGCUUGGUGGAUCUACGCUGGACCCUCCCCUCGAUCCACGGGGCGGGGAAUGUUCUGGCAGCACGGACGGUGACAACCUUUCGCACGAACUGCAGAAUCCGGAUGCAUGA